AUGUGCUCUGGCGGUGCCGCCCUGGAGCUGGUGCCGGAGCCGCGCGGGUCGCUGAGCAGCCUGGUGGCGCGGCCGGUGGAGGGCGGCGGGCGCGCGCUGCGGCGCGGCGAGGUGGAGGUGGAGGUGCGCGCGGUGGGCAUCAACUUCCGCGACGUGCUGAACGUGCUGGGGAUGUACCCGGGCGACCCGGGGCUGCCGGGGGCGGACAUGGCGGGCGUGGUGGUGGGGGUCGGGGAGGGGUGUGUGGCGGCGCUGGGGCCGAGCCUGACGUUUGCGGAGGGGGCGGCGUGUCCGACGGUGAUGAUGACGGUGGACAUGGCGGUGGGGCGGGGCGCGGGCGUGCGGCGCGGGGAGCGGGUGCUGGUGCACGCGGGGGCGGGGGGCGUGGGGCUGACGGCGGUGGCGGUGCUGGCGGCGAUGGGGGCGCGCGUGGCGUCGACGGCGGGGAGUGCGGGGAAGCGCGGGGUGGUGCGCGGGUGCGGGGCUGGGGCGGUGGCGGGGUCGCGGGACGUGGGGUACGCGGAGGCGGCGGUGGCGGCGCUGGGGGGUGUGGACGUGGUGGUGAACAGCCUGACGUCGGCGGGCUUUGUGGCGGGGAGCGUGGCGGCGCUGGCGGCGGGGGGCCGCGUGGUGGAGAUCGGGAAGCGCGAUGUGUGGAGCGCGGGGCGCGUGGCGCAGGAGCGGGCGGACGUGCGGUACGGGCUGGUGGCGGUGGACUUUUUGACGGGCGGGGUGCUGCGGGGGUGCGUGGAGCGGGUGUCGGGGUGGCUGGGGGCGGGGGCGGCGGUGCCGCUGCGGCAGGUGGGGCACGCGAUGGGGGCGGUGGCGGCGGCGCUGCGGCAGAUGUCGCAGGCGCGGCACGUGGGGAAGGUGGUGGUGGUGCGGGGGGGCGCGGAGGAGGCGGGGGCGAUGCGGGGGGGCAGCAUGGUGGUGAGCGGGGGCGCGGGGUAUUUGGGGUCGGUGGUGGGGGCGUGGGCGUGUGCGGGGGGCUGUCGCGAGGUGGUGCUGGUGGCGCGGACGGCGCACGAGGUGCCGGGGCGCGUGGCGGAGGCGGCGCGGGGCGGUGCGGGCGUGGUGCGUGUGGUGCGGUGCGACAUGGGGUGCGGCGAGGAGGCGCGGGCGGUGGUGGGGCGCGGGCGGGUGUCGGCGGGGCGGAGGCGUGCCGUGGGCGGUGUGGUGCACGCGGCGGGCGUGCUGGCGGACGCGACGGUGGCGCGGCAGAGCGCGGGGGCGGUGCGGCGUGUGGCGGCGCCGAAGGGCGGGGCGGUGCGGGCGUGGGGCGCGCACGGGGAGGUGGCGGGGAUGCCGUGUGGGGCGCGGGUGGUGUUUAGCAGCGUGGCGGCGCUGCUGGGGUCGGCGGGGCAGGCGAACUACGCGGCGGCGAACGCGGCGCUGGACGCGUGGGCGGAGGGGCAGCGGCGGGCGGGGGUGUGUGCGGGGAGCGUGCAGUGGGGGGCGUGGGCGGGGGAGGGCAUGGCGAUGGAGAGCACGGCGCGGCGCGUGGAGGCGCUGGGGAUGGGGAUGGUGGGGGCGGAGGCGGGGCUGGCGGCGCUGGAGGGGGCGAUGAGGGGGGCGGCGGGGGUGGUGGCGGCGGUGCCGUUCGACUGGACGAAGGUCGCCAUGUCGGGGUUGGCCCGACAGGCACCGGUGCUGGCGGAGCGAAUCGAGGGCCUCCCUACGACGGCUGCUGUUGUCGAGGCAGUCGGCACUGCAGAUGCACCCCACGAUGCGGUGACGUCAUCGGUCACGCGGGGCCUGAGCGAGGUGACUGACAUCAUUCGAGGUGAGCUUGAGGGCAUCCUCGGCGUCGCGGUCGAUCCGGACGAGCCGCUGAUGCAGGCCGGGCUCGACUCCCUCAGCGCCAUGGAGUUUCAGAACAACCUGGAGGCUCGACUGGAUACUUCGUUGCCGCCGACGGUGGUGUUCAACUAUCCAACCACGAGCGCACUCGCAGCCUACAUCGUCUCGCUGCUGCGGCCGUCGAUCACCCCGCACCCUGGCGAGCGACGUGGCCUCGCCAGGGCGCUGGGCCCCAAGGCCCUGCCAGCAGCAGUGAUCGUCAGCUCUUCUGGAUCUGUGCCAGGUGGCAGCAGCGGUCUCUUCGACGCCCCCGACGGGGUCACGACGAUUCCGCUCGCCCGGUACAACGUCGAGACCGCGCAGAUUGCGGGGCCGCUACCUGUGCCGGCGAGGUUCGCGGGCCUGCUGCAGAGCAUCACGGAAUUCGACUGUCCAGCGUUCAGCAUCUCGCCCGCCGAGGCGACUGUCAUGGACCCGCACCACCGGCUCCUGUUGAUGCACGCGGGGUCCGUCAUUCUCGACAGCUGCCGGGGCGCUCAGGCGGCCGCUGCGUUCAAGCAGGCGGGCGUCUUCGUCGCGACAGCCUCGACGGAUUUCGCAAACAUCGUGGGUGAUGUGGGCUCCUGUGCGAGCGCUUACGCCGGCACGGGCAGCACUCUGAGUCCGGCUGCCGGCCGAAUCUCGUUCAAGUUCGACCUGGCGGGGCCCGCGCUCGUCACUGACGUGGCAUGUUCGUCAGCGCUGGUCGCACUCGAGCUCGCUCUGGCCGACAUGGCCUCGGGCCGUCCCAGCGAGCUCGUCGGCGCAACUCACGUCUUCACCUUCCCGCGAGUCUUCACGAUGUUCUCCGCCGCGGGGAUGCUCGCCGUCGAUGGGCGUUGCAAGGCUCUCGACGCUGACGCUGCGGGCUACGUUCGUGCAGAGGCAGUUGUCAUGCUCUCGCUGCUCGCCGAGGGCCACUUGGGACCCGAGGAGGAUGCACGGACAUCUACAGUAGCGGUGCGCUCAGCAGCGAUCAACCAGGACGGGCGUUCGUCGUCCCUGACCGCCCCAAGCGGCCCUGCGCAAGAAGCUGUCAUUCGCGCUGCUCUGGCGCGGGCAGACAUCAGACCCGAGGCGGUGACGGCGAUGCAGAUGCACGGCACGGGGACGCCACUCGGGGAUCCGAUCGAGCUCGGUGCGAUCCACCAGGUCGCGGGCGGCAUCGGUGAGGAUGCACACCCCUUGGUGUUGCAGGCGACCAAGUUGUCGGCGCCGAUCCUUCAUCUGCGCCACCUCAACCCUUACAUUGCAACUGCGAUGUCGAAUCGGGGGACGUACAGCGCCCCGCGCACGGCUGCCCCGCUGCCCUCCAUGCCCGACUUCUCUCCGCUCUCGGCCACGAGCUGCGAGGUCGGCUUGGUCGGCGUGAACGCUUUCGCGUACAUGGGCACCAACGCUUUCUGUCUCCUGGGCAACCCAACGAACGUCGAGAAUCGCGUGAAGCGGCCCGAGCGUCUGCUCGACUGGGAGACUGCGCCGUGGCUGUACCCUCUGCUGCGACCCUCGGCUCUCGCAACGACGUUCGCGUCUCAUUCGAAGCGUGGCGAGGUGUCCUUCGUUGCCAUUUUGGACUCGCCGGCAUCGGUGGAUCUAUGGGACCACCGUGUGCGCGGCCGACCGCUGCUUCCGGCCGCAGCGAUGUUCGAAGCCAUGGCACAGGCUCCGGCGGACGCGGACAAUGCGGACAUGCGCCUGUCGGCGGUCGGCUUCGCGGCCUUCGCUUCGUCGACGGAAGGUAUGCUGCUGGUGCCGGAGCCGCGCGGGUCGCUGAGCAGCCUGGUGGCGCGGCCGGUGGAGGGCGGCGGGCGCGCGCUGCGGCGCGGCGAGGUGGAGGUGGAGGUGCGUGCAGUGGGCAUCAACUUCCGCGAUGUGCUGAACGUGCUGGGGAUGUACCCCGGCGACCCGGGGCUGCCGGGGGCGGACAUGGCGGGCGUGGUGGUGGGGGUCGGGGAGGGGGUGCGGGCGGGCGUGGCGGCGGGGUCGCGGGUGGUGGGGCUGGCGGUGGGGUCGCUGGGGCCGCGGGUGCGGGUGGCGGGGGAGUGUGUGGCGGCGCUGGGGCCGAGCCUGACGUUUGCGGAGGGGGCGGCGUGUCCGACGGUGAUGAUGACGGUGGACAUGGCGGUGGGGCGGGGCGCGGGCGUGCGGCGCGGGGAGCGGGUGCUGGUGCACGCGGGGGCGGGGGGCGUGGGGCUGACGGCGGUGGCGGUGCUGGCGGCGAUGGGGGCGCGCGUGGCGUCGACGGCGGGGAGUGCGGGGAAGCGCGGGGUGGUGCGCGGGUGCGGGGCUGGGGCGGUGGCGGGGUCGCGGGACGUGGGGUACGCGGAGGCGGCGGUGGCGGCGCUGGGGGGUGUGGACGUGGUGGUGAACAGCCUGACGUCGGCGGGCUUUGUGGCGGGGAGCGUGGCGGCGCUGGCGGCGGGGGGCCGCGUGGUGGAGAUCGGGAAGCGCGAUGUGUGGAGCGCGGGGCGCGUGGCGCAGGAGCGGGCGGACGUGCGGUACGGGCUGGUGGCGGUGGACUUUUUGACGGGCGGGGUGCUGCGGGGGUGCGUGGAGCGGGUGUCGGGGUGGCUGGGGGCGGGGGCGGCGGUGCCGCUGCGGCAGGUGGGGCACGCGAUGGGGGCGGUGGCGGCGGCGCUGCGGCAGAUGUCGCAGGCGCGGCACGUGGGGAAGGUGGUGGUGGUGCGGGGGGGCGCGGAGGAGGCGGGGGCGAUGCGGGGGGGCAGCAUGGUGGUGAGCGGGGGCGCGGGGUAUUUGGGGUCGGUGGUGGGGGCGUGGGCGUGUGCGGGGGGCUGUCGCGAGGUGGUGCUGGUGGCGCGGACGGCGCACGAGGUGCCGGGGCGCGUGGCGGAGGCGGCGCGGGGCGGUGCGGGCGUGGUGCGUGUGGUGCGGUGCGACAUGGGGUGCGGCGAGGAGGCGCGGGCGGUGGUGGGGCGCGGGCGGGUGUCGGCGGGGCGGAGGCGUGCCGUGGGCGGUGUGGUGCACGCGGCGGGCGUGCUGGCGGACGCGACGGUGGCGCGGCAGAGCGCGGGGGCGGUGCGGCGUGUGGCGGCGCCGAAGGGCGGGGCGGUGCGGGCGUGGGGCGCGCACGGGGAGGUGGCGGGGAUGCCGUGUGGGGCGCGGGUGGUGUUUAGCAGCGUGGCGGCGCUGCUGGGGUCGGCGGGGCAGGCGAACUACGCGGCGGCGAACGCGGCGCUGGACGCGUGGGCGGAGGGGCAGCGGCGGGCGGGGGUGUGUGCGGGGAGCGUGCAGUGGGGGGCGUGGGCGGGGGAGGGCAUGGCGAUGGAGAGCACGGCGCGGCGCGUGGAGGCGCUGGGGAUGGGGAUGGUGGGGGCGGAGGCGGGGCUGGCGGCGCUGGAGGGGGCGAUGAGGGGGGCGGCGGGGGUGGUGGCGGCGGUGCCGUUCGACUGGGGGAAGGUCGCUGCGGGACAGCUCCGGUCCGUGCCACUCUUCGAGUCGAUGCUGAGCGACGUUCAGCCCGCGCGGGCGCCCAAGCGCGUCGCCGCACCUGUGCAGCCAAAGCGGAAGACGCGGAGGGCCGCUCGGCGCGAGCAGGCUGCACAGGCCGCAGCCUCAGAGUCGGAAAUCGAGGAUAUCAUCAGGAGCGUGGUGCGGGACAUCAGCGGCACGGACAUCGGGGCGCAGGAUCCGUUCAUGCAGGCGGGUGCGGACUCCCUGGCGAUCGCAGAAAUGCUGAGCUCGCUCGAGAAUCAGUUCGGAGUCAGCAUUCCUCAAUCGGCGCCGUUCGACCACCCGACUCCGGCCCAGCUCGCCGAGUUCAUCGCGUCACUUGGGCCUCGGGGCGCUGGGCAAAGGUCAGCUCCUGCGUCAGAGGCGUCUGAGAGCGACCUUGGGAGCAGCGAGGACGAGGGAGAGACGCUGGUGUCAAUGCGAGAGGAAAACGCGGUGGAGGACGUUGUGCAGCAGAUCAUCGACGCAGCGCACGUCGUCUCGGGCGUCGAGCUCGGGCCCGAGGACCCGUUCAUGCAGACCGGGCUGGACUCCCUGUCUGUGGUCGAGCUGAAAUCGGACCUCGAGGGACGUCUUGGAGUCGAAUUGCCGACCACGGCGUUGCUCGACCACCCGAACGCACGUCGGCUGGCCGAGGCGAUCGUCGACAUGCAGGCUCCAGCUCCCCGCCGGGAAAGUCGCCGCGCGCGCCGCGUCGUGCGAGAGAAGCGCGACGUUCGGAGCCGCAUUGCCAGCGCAGUCGAAUCCUCGAUCGAAGCGGUGCUCGGGGGGGACGACGUCGACAUGACUGCGCCCCUGAUGCAGUCAGGUCUGGACUCGCUCGGCGCGGUCGAGCUCGCGAACAGUCUCGAGACACAGCUCGGGGUGUCCCUGCCCGCUACGACGUUCUUCGACUACCCGACGCCCACCGCGCUGGUGGAGUACCUGGUCGGCGAGGUCGCGGAGGAAGAGGGCGAGGAGGAGGAGGAGCCGGUGCUGCUUAUCGGGAGAGAGCUACAGCCCCGAAGGGGUUCUGAGCUGACCAUCUUCAUGUCGAAUGCGUCUGUCAGGACUCCCCGUGACGCCCUGGCGUCCCUCAGGGAGGCAGACGGCGUGUCCAGCAUCGGGUUGCCGAAGUGGACCGCCGACGCGGACUGGACUCCGGCUGGUUCGCGGGCGUCGCGCUUCGCAGGACUCCUCGGUUCAGGCGUUGAUGACUUCGACACUGCCGCUUUCCUCACGACGGAAAACGAGGCGCAGUGGAUGGAUCCCUCCCACCGGCUGCUGUUGUUCGGGGCGUCGGAGUGCAUCCUCGAGGCUACGGCGGACCGGAGCGUGUCCCUGCCGCUCCGCAACAAGAGCGUUGGCAUCUACAUUGGUAUCUCCGCAGUCGACUUUGCCAUGGAGAACGUGCGCCGCGACGAAAGCGGACCAUACACGAUCCUCGGCUCCGCGAUGAGCCCGGCGGCGGGUCGGAUCGCCUUCAUGUUCGGGUUCAAGGGCCCCGCGAUCGUCAUCGACACGGCUUGUUCCUCCUCGCUGGUGGCUCUGCAUCUCGCUUCGGCGGAGUUGCGCUCCGGUCGCACAGAAGCAUCGCUGUACGGUGGCGUGAACGUCAUCAUCAACCUCGGUCUGCACGCCGGUUUUUCGCAAGCCGGCAUGCUGGCGGCGGACGGCCGGUGCAAGACCUUGGACGCUGGUGCCGAUGGCUACGUGCGGUCGGAGGCGUGCGUUGUUGCGGUGCUGCGGGCGGGGCGCGCGGGCGAUGGCGGCGAGACGGGGGCCGCGGGCGUGGUGGUGCGGGGGUCGGCGGUGAACCAGGACGGGCGGUCGUCGUCGCUGACGGCGCCCAACGGGCCGUCGCAGCAGGCGGUGAUGACGACGGCGCUGGAGGGGUGCGGGGUGCGCGGGAGCGAGGUGGGGGGCCUGCAGAUGCACGGGACGGGGACGGCGCUGGGCGACCCGAUCGAGAUGGGCGCGGUUGAGGCGGUGCUGGUGAGGGGCGGGGGCAAGGGCGGUGCGGAGGGGCGGCGCGCGGCGCUGUGGGUGAUGGCGAGCAAGUCGUGGAUGGGGCACAGCGAGCCGGCGGCGGGGUCGGCGGGCAUACACCAGGCGGCGUCGGCGCUGUCGCGGUGGGGCGUGGCGGCGGUGCUGCACCUGCGGGAGAUGAACGGGCACUGCGUGCAGGCGAUGAGCGCGGGGCAGUACGGGGCGAUGCGGGGCGCGGCGCCGGCGGCGAGCGCGGAUGGCGGGGGCGCGAUGGUGAUGGGGGUGAGCGGGUUUGCGUUCAUGGGGACGAACGCACACGUGGUGAUGGGGCGGGGCGACGGGGCGCCCGCGGAGGGCGGGGAGGGAGAGGUGGCGGUGUGGGAGACGGGGCGGAUGUCGGUGGCGUGCGUGGCGUGCGGGCUGGCGGAGCGCGUGUCGGCAGCGGGGCGCGAGCGCGUGGUGCUGGAGGUGGGGGUGGCGCGGGCGCGGCUGGCGACGCUGUGGGAGCACAGGGUGCGUGGGCGAGCGGUGAUGCCGGCGGCGGGGUACAUGGAGAUGAUUGCGGAGGCGGGGCGCGUGCUCACAGGGGACGGGCCGCAGCGUGCGAUGGCGACAGGUGCUGUUUUCGAGUCGGCUCUGAUCUUGGACGGUAUCAUGUCCAAGGGCGGCAUGGACGGAGACGGAUACGGCCUGCAGAUGCAUGGCGGUGCCGCCCUGGAGGCCCGCCUCGUCGAGUGUGUAGCGCCUGAGGCUGCUGGGCCUGUGCAGCUGGUGCCGGAGCCGCGCGGGUCGCUGAGCAGCCUGGUGGCGCGGCCGGUGGAGGGCGGCGGGCGCGCGCUGCGGCGCGGCGAGGUGGAGGUGGAGGUGCGCGCGGUGGGCAUCAACUUCCGCGACGUGCUGAACGUGCUGGGGAUGUACCCGGGCGACCCGGGGCUGCCGGGGGCGGACAUGGCGGGCGUGGUGGUGGGGGUCGGGGAGGGGGUGCGGGCGGGCGUGGCGGCGGGGUCGCGGGUGGUGGGGCUGGCGGUGGGGUCGCUGGGGCCGCGGGUGCGGGUGGCGGGGGAGUGUGUGGCGGCGCUGGGGCCGAGCCUGACGUUUGCGGAGGGGGCGGCGUGUCCGACGGUGAUGAUGACGGUGGACAUGGCGGUGGGGCGGGGCGCGGGCGUGCGGCGCGGGGAGCGGGUGCUGGUGCACGCGGGGGCGGGGGGCGUGGGGCUGACGGCGGUGGCGGUGCUGGCGGCGAUGGGGGCGCGCGUGGCGUCGACGGCGGGGAGUGCGGGGAAGCGCGGGGUGGUGCGCGGGUGCGGGGCUGGGGCGGUGGCGGGGUCGCGGGACGUGGGGUACGCGGAGGCGGCGGUGGCGGCGCUGGGGGGUGUGGACGUGGUGGUGAACAGCCUGACGUCGGCGGGCUUUGUGGCGGGGAGCGUGGCGGCGCUGGCGGCGGGGGGCCGCGUGGUGGAGAUCGGGAAGCGCGAUGUGUGGAGCGCGGGGCGCGUGGCGCAGGAGCGGGCGGACGUGCGGUACGGGCUGGUGGCGGUGGACUUUUUGACGGGCGGGGUGCUGCGGGGGUGCGUGGAGCGGGUGUCGGGGUGGCUGGGGGCGGGGGCGGCGGUGCCGCUGCGGCAGGUGGGGCACGCGAUGGGGGCGGUGGCGGCGGCGCUGCGGCAGAUGUCGCAGGCGCGGCACGUGGGGAAGGUGGUGGUGGUGCGGGGGGGCGCGGAGGAGGCGGGGGCGAUGCGGGGGGGCAGCAUGGUGGUGGUGCUGGUGGCGCGGACGGCGCACGAGGUGCCGGGGCGCGUGGCGGAGGCGGCGCGGGGCGGUGCGGGCGUGGUGCGUGUGGUGCGGUGCGACAUGGGGUGCGGCGAGGAGGCGCGGGCGGUGGUGGGGCGCGGGCGGGUGUCGGCGGGGCGGAGGCGUGCCGUGGGCGGUGUGGUGCACGCGGCGGGCGUGCUGGCGGACGCGACGGUGGCGCGGCAGAGCGCGGGGGCGGUGCGACGUGUGGCGGCGCCGAAGGGCGGGGCGGUGCGGGCGUGGGGCGCGCACGGGGAGGUGGCGGGGAUGCCGUGUGGGGCGCGGGUGGUGUUUAGCAGCGUGGCGGCGCUGCUGGGGUCGGCGGGGCAGGCGAACUACGCGGCGGCGAACGCGGCGCUGGACGCGUGGGCGGAGGGGCAGCGGCGAGCGGGGGUGUGUGCGGGGAGCGUGCAGUGGGGGGCGUGGGCGGGGGAGGGCAUGGCGAUGGAGAGCACGGCGCGGCGCGUGGAGGCGCUGGGGAUGGGGAUGGUGGGGGCGGAGGCGGGGCUGGCGGCGCUGGAGGGGGCGAUGAGGGGGGCGGCGGGGGUGGUGGCGGCGGUGCCGUUCGACUGGGCGAAGGUCGCCAUGUCGGGCUUGGCCCGACAGGCACCGGUGCUGGCGGAGCAACGCCACGGCCUUGCGAGGGAGACCAUCGAGGCAACCGUCAUGGCAGAGCUCGGCAGCGUUCUGGGCGGUGAAGUCUCGCCAGAUGAGCCGCUGAUGCAGGCUGGACUGGACUCUCUCGGAGCGGUCGAGCUGGCAAACAAUUUGGAGGCAGUGAGGGCCAUGUCCCCUGCUGGGGCUCUUGACUCCUUGGUGGAGGUCGACGCUGUGGUGCCAGUGCCGCUGGAGCGAUGGAACGUCGAUCGGCAGGCAACUGGUGGGAUGUUGGGUGUGCAACAGCGAUUCUCGGCAAUGCUGAGCGGCGUGGAUGCGUUCGAUGCAAUGCCGUUUGGAUUGAGCCGCGAGGAGGCCGCCAUGAUGGACCCGCAGCACAGGCUGCUGCUGAUGGCGUCGGCUGAGACGGUGAUGGACGCGGGCGGCGCCGAAAGCAUGCGAGGAUACGGGGUUUUCGUCGGAAUCUCGACCACAGAUUACAGUUCUGUCCUGGACCGGUCUGGACAGAGCAUUUCCGCGUACUCGGCGAUCGGAAACGCGCUGUCUGCGGCUGCGGGGCGCGUGGCGUUCUCGCUGAACAUGAAGGGGCCAACGGUCUCGGUGGACACGGCGUGCUCGUCUUCGCUCGUUGGUCUGCACAUUGGGAUGGAAAGCAUGGCGCGGGGGCGGUGCGACGGACUGCUUGCGGGCGGCGUCAACCUCAUGCUCAUGCCCGACGUCACGUCGAUGUUCUUGCGGUCGGGCAUGCUGUCGGCGGACGGCCGAUGCAAGACCUUGGACGCCGGUGCCGAUGGCUACGUGCGGUCGGAGGCGUGCGUUGUUGCGGUGCGGCGGGCGGGGCGCGCGGGCGACGGCGGCGAGGCGGGGGCCGCGGGCGUGGUGGUGCGGGGGUCGGCGGUGAACCAGGACGGGCGGUCGUCGUCGCUGACGGCGCCCAACGGGCCGUCGCAGCAGGCGGUGAUGACGACGGCGCUGGAGGGGUGCGGGGUGCGCGGGAGCGAGGUGGGGGGCCUGCAGAUGCACGGGACGGGGACGGCGCUGGGCGACCCGAUCGAGAUGGGCGCGGUUGAGGCGGUGCUGGUGAGGGGCGGGGGCAAGGGCGGUGCGGAGGGGCGGCGCGCGGCGCUGUGGGUGAUGGCGAGCAAGUCGUGGAUGGGGCACAGCGAGCCGGCGGCGGGGUCGGCGGGCAUACACCAGGCGGCGUCGGCGCUGUCGCGGUGGGGCGUGGCGGCGGUGCUGCACCUGCGGGAGAUGAACGGGCACUGCGUGCAGGCGAUGAGCGCGGGGCAGUACGGGGCGAUGCGGGGCGCGGCGCCGGCGGCGAGCGCGGAUGGCGGGGGCGCGAUGGUGAUGGGGGUGAGCGGGUUUGCGUUCAUGGGGACGAACGCACACGUGGUGAUGGGGCGGGGCGACGGGGCGCCCGCGGAGGGCGGGGAGGGAGAGGUGGCGGUGUGGGAGACGGGGCGGAUGUCGGUGGCGUGCGUGGCGUGCGGGCUGGCGGAGCGCGUGUCGGCGGCGGGGCGCGAGCGCGUGGUGCUGGAGGUGGGGGUGGCGCGGGCGCGGCUGGCGACGCUGUGGGAGCACAGGGUGCGUGGGCGAGCGGUGAUGCCGGCGGCGGGGUACAUGGAGAUGAUUGCGGAGGCGGGGCGCGUGCUCAUGGGACAGGCCACCAACCCUACGCCUCGGUCGGUGAGGUAG